AUCAAACAUGUAACAUCCCUUCACUUUAAGAUCUUUUUCAAAUAACCAAAUUUAUUCACCAAAAAUCACCCAAACCCAGAAAAAACAGAGGAAUUAUAGCAUCAAUCUUCAAUGGCAUCAGUUAUGAUGACUUCUCUCCCACAGUUCACUGGGCUUAGAUCUCAGCAGGCUUCUUUCCCUGUCAAAAGCUUGUCAGCAGGUCUGCCAUUGAGGGGCAAAGGGAAGGGAGCUUUGGGUGCACGAUGUGGCGAUUUCAUUGGCUCAUCCACUAACUUGAUAAUGGUGACUUCAACAACCCUAAUGUUGUUUGCUGGACGAUUCGGGCUAGCUCCGUCAGCCAAUAGAAAGUCGACAGCGGGUUUGAGAUUGGAAGUAAGAGACUCAGGAUUACAAACUGGUGACCCAGCUGGUUUUACACUUGCGGACACCCUUGCUUGUGGUUCAUUUGGUCACAUUAUUGGUGUUGGUGUUGUACUUGGCCUCAAGAACAUUGGAGCUAUUUAAACAUAUAUGCCUUUGUUAUUUGUUGGUUUAAGCUUGUAAAAUACUCAUUUUUAAUAUAUUAUUAUGCCAUGUCUCAAUGUUUAUAAA